AUGUCUGUACUGUCUGUGGCUCACAUACCGUUCAUUAGGUUUGAAAAGUCUCUCUAUGACCUAAUUAAAGGUCUCCGAAAUCAUAAAGGUGGUGAAGAUGAUUAUAUUCAAGGGUCUUUGCGUGAAUGCAAAGCCGAAAUCAAGUCUCAGGAUAUGGAUAAAAAAGCAACAGCCCUUCUGAAGCUCAUUUAUCUGGAAAUGUUUGGCUAUGACAUGUCCUGGGCAUCCUUCCAUGUUCUAGAAGUGAUGUCAUCCACGAAAUUCUUACAAAAGCGUGUGGGCUAUCUUGGAGCAGUGCAGAGCUUCCGACCAGAUACGGAAGUCCUGAUGCUAGCAACAAAUAUGCUUAAAAAGGAUAUUGUGUCCCCAAAUAUACCCGUUCUAUCAUUACCACUGGCCGCAUUACCACAUAUUAUUACCCCUUCAUUGGCAAUGUCACUGUUACCUGAUAUACUAUCUCGUCUAUCGCAUUCAAGUUCAGUGGUUCGCAAAAAGACAAUUGUGUGUCUCUACAGGCUCGCCUUGGUAUAUCCCGAGGCUCUGAAACUGGCAUGGCCCAAAAUCAAGGAACACCUCAUAAAUGAUCAGGAAGACAGUAGCGUGACAACAGCAGCUAUCAAUGUCAUUUGCGAGCUAGGCUGGCGGCGGCCCCAUGAUUUUCUUCCUCUGGCACCCAGGCUUUUCGAGCUUCUCGUGGACAGUGGCAAUAAUUGGAUGGCUAUCAAAAUCAUCAAACUUGUUGGUCUUUUUUCUGCCCUGUUUGCAACAUUGACCCCACUGGAGCCACGGUUGACCCGUAAGCUGCUCCGACCAUUGACCAAUAUUAUUCAGACCACUUCAGCAAUGUCAUUACUUUACGAGUGCAUCAAUGGCAUUAUCCAGGGGGGAAUCCUUGACGGGGAUGAUAGUCUGCAAGAAAGGGAUGAAGUUGCAACUCUUUGUAUAGGAAAGCUCCGUGGAAUGAUUGUUAUGGAUUCUGAUCCAAAUCUGAAAUACGUUGCUCUCUUGGCAUUGAAUCGCAUUGUCACUACGCAUCCAACAUUGGUAUCUAUGCAUCAGGAUGUCAUCAUGGAUUGUCUCGACGAUGCAGAUAUCUCUAUUCGUCUCCAAGCUUUGGAUCUUGCUGUUGGAAUGGUCACCAGUGAUAAUCUUCAAGCUGUAGUGAAUCGGCUACUGGAACAACUUCGACUGGCCUCGUCGAGAGACAGCGGUGAUCGAGAUGGAAAUAUGGAUCGACUGGACACGGAAGACAUAGACACCUCCAGUACGGCCCCAGAUCUAGUGGCUGUCCUCCCGAAUGAUUAUCGAACUGAAGUCAUCCACCGGAUUUUAGACAUGUGUUCACAAGGUAAUUACUCUGAAAUCGUUGACUUUGAGUGGUAUGUCGCCGCUUUGGUUCAGAUCGUCAGUCUUCUGCCUCAUUCGGAAUUGGAUGAGGAAUGGUUCAUUCCUGUUGUAGGUGGUCAAGAUGUUGCACCUGACACAAAAACAAGCGUCGCUUUCCGAAUUGGCUCUGAAAUACGCAACAUUGCUGUUCGGGUUAGAGGUGUACGCCUGGAAGUAACUCGGGCAGCAGAAUCGCUUUUACUUCUUGAUAAUCGGUCCAGGUUGUUCCCUACUACCUCAAAUAUAGGCGAUGGGAUUCUUGGGCCUAUCUCGUGGGUAGUGGGGGAAUAUGCCGAUGAUCUAUCAUCUCCGAACAAGGCUCUUCAAUCACUAAUUGACUUGUCUAACGUCUCUUUGCCUCCAAGUACUCUUCAACUAUUCCUGCAGGCAAUCCCAAAAGUCCUCGUUCAGGUGACUCGAGACUGCGAAGCAAGGGACUCCUGGAAAAGUGAUAUUUCACUUCUGCUUGCCCGGGUAUUGGAAUUUCUCGAGGCAUUGGCUUCUCAUCCUGAACUAGAGGUGCAGGAGCGAGCCAUUGAGUUUCUGGAAGUUCUACGGCUUGGGGCUGAAGCGAUACACCCCGAGGCUAAGGAACUGCCGUUUCUCCUUUCCUCUGUCGUGCCGGGUCUGUUUAUAGGACUCGAGCUCAAUCCCGUGGCCGUCGGUGCCCAGAGAAAGGUGGUGCUUCCUUCGGAUCUACGUCUAGAUGAAGCAUUCAACGAUGACAUUGUGAGCAUUUUUCAAGGCCUGGAUAGCCCAAUUUUAGAUCCGCACCAGCACAAUGGUCUCCAGGACUUUUACUACAUCGCAGACCUACCUCCGCCCUCCAAAAAAUCGUUUUAUGAGUCAACUCCCAUUGAUAAACAAGUCGAUUCAUCCUACCAGAAUACCCUCGGUGUUCCAACUAGCUACCCAAGUGCAUUGGAGAAGCGGAAAGUCACCCGGAAUGAACGCUUCCGAGAUGAUCCAUUUUACAUAGCCCCUUCGGAAGUCUCAUCUGAUACAUUCGUACCAUCGCACGGGCUAUCCCAUUCUCCUAGUGAAGCCUUGGAUGUUGAUUCCAUUCCCAUUAUUGACUUAAAUCUGGAUGAUGUGAGCCAUGUUCAAGGGAUUCGAGAGGCCCGAAGGAGUCGUCGAACAAAAUCUAAAAGAAUGGAAGUUGCAAGUGAUGAAACUUUUGGUUCUGUUGAGGUUCCCUCUCAUGAAAAUAUGGUUGAAUCUGCCAAUACUGUUCCGAGGCAAUCACUUUUACUACAGGUGGACUCUAGCGGUCUCGGGGAUCUUUCGCUUGAUAGUAAAGGUAAAGACCAAGGCUUGGCCGGAGAUGAGGGGGAUGCAGAGAUGAGGAAAGCUAUGCAGAAUGUGGAGAAAAUGCGUCUGCAGAUGCAACGGGCAUCUGAACGAAUUCAGCCGGAGGGAAUGCCCGCAGAGGGGACCUUGGUGAAGAAGAAAAAGACCAAGAAGACCAAGAAGAAAAGGGAUGAAUGA